AUGAACAGCGUUAUUUUUAGAGCACAGGUUUUUUUUCAGCCAUUGCGUAGACACUUCUCAACUAAGAAAGACUAUGAUGUUAUAGUAAUUGGAGGAGGACCAGGUGGUUAUGUAUGCAGUAUUCGAUGUGCUCAAAAUAAAUUAAAUGUUUUGAAUGUAAACAACGACAAGAAAUUAGGAGGUACGUGUUUAAAUAGAGGAUGCAUUCCAUCUAAAUCUUUAUUACAUAUUUCUCACAAUUUUUAUGAAGCAAAAACUCGGUUCAAAGAAUGUGGUAUAUUAGUUGAUAAUGUUAAGUUGGAUAUAGAGAGUAUGCAUAAACAUAAAAAUAAGUGCAUGGGUAAUUUAUCUGAUGGAAUUAAUUUUUUAUAUAAAAAGAAUAAUGUGAAUCAUAUUAUAGGACAUGGAAGUUUAGUAGAUGAACAUACUGUUUUAAUAAAAACAGAAAAAGAAGAAAAGAAAGUAACAGCUGAACGUAUUGUUAUAGCUACUGGAUCAAAACCAAUUGAAAUACCUUUAAAAAAAUUAAAUGAUAAUAAUUUUCAUGAUGCUGAUAAUGUUAAUGAUAUAUUAGAAUAUGAUCAUGAAAUAAUACAAAAUUCAGAUGAUAUUUUAAAUUUUAAAAAGGUUCCUCAUAGUAUGUCUAUUAUUGGAGGUGGUGUUAUAGGAUUAGAAAUUGGAUCAGUAUUUUCAAAACUUGGAUCUGAUGUUACUAUAUUUGAAUAUAAUGAACGUUUAUGCGGUUUUCUUGAUGCGGAUGUAAGUAAGGUAUUACAAAAAACAUUAGAAAAAAUAAAAAUGAAAUUUGUAUUUAAUACAUCAGUAAUAGGUGGAAAUAUAGAAAAUAACCAAGCUUCUUUAUUUGCAAAAAAUAAAAAAACUAAUGAAAUAAAAAAAAUGACAUCAGAUAUUGUACUUAUAUGUAUUGGUAGGAAAGCUAAUUUUGAUAAUUUAAAUUUACAUUUACUUAAUAUACAAUUAAAUAAAAAUAAAAAAAUACCUGUAGAUGAAUAUUUUAAUGUAAUUUCACAACCUACUAUUAAAGCCAUUGGAGAUGCUAUAGAUGGACCUAUGUUAGCUCAUAAAGCAGAAGAAGAAGGAUAUUUAUUAGCUAAUAUGUUAUAUGACGAAUUAAAAAAUAAUAAUAAAAAAAAAGCACAUAUUAAUUAUGAUUUAGUUCCAAGUGUUAUAUAUACACAUCCUGAGGUAGCUACUGUAGGUUAUAAUGAAGAAAAAUGUAAACAACUUAAUAUGAAUUUCAAAUCCGUUAGUUUCCCUUUUGCUGCUAAUAGUAGAUCAAGAACAAUAGAUGAUUAUGAUGGACUUAUUAAAUUAAUUGUAGAAAAGGAUACUAACAGAAUUUUAGGUUCUCAAAUUAUAGGAAAUAAUGCUAGUGAUUUAAUCUUACCUUUGUCUAUAUAUGUUAGUAAUAAUGGCUCAUCUAAAAGUUUGAGUAAAAUUAUAUAUGCCCAUCCAACAUUUUCAGAAGUAAUCAAAGAGGUCGCUUUACAAUCAUUUGAUAAACCUAUACACAUGUAA